UGUUUUCUGGUUGCCCAAUAGCCAUUCCCUCUUUCCUUUGAUCACUGUAAUUUAAUUAUUAUUAGGCAGUUGAGCAAUACUAAAUGAAUAGUAAUUUCAGGAAAUGAUUCUUAAUCUGUAUCUUUUGGCAGAGAUGACCAGCCCAGACAUCCUGGGCGAGCGUGUGUCCCGGGCCCAGGCAAUCAGCAUAAUCCUUUCCCUGUGACCCGGUGACUAGUUCAACUCCCAGGCAGGAGUUGAAUGCAGGGGAUGGGAAUGACUCUGGCAGUUUUUAAGAGAAAGAUAGUUUAUGCAGGGAAACAGGUGCUCAUGAAGUCCUUGGAGGGCUGGAGGAGCAGGCUCUGGCUGGGUCUUCAGCAAAGAUGCUUCUGCUCACCAGAGGUUAAGAAGAUAGGGAGGAGGAGCCCCGAGACCACUGUAUUCAAGAGUGUACCCAUUUGUUCCAGUGCAGGCCUCAGAAGUUUCUCGACCCCCGCGAAGCUGGAGAUUGUCCACAGGAACAGCUCUCCUUGUCUGGGAGCCACAGCUGAGGUAGCAAGACCGGGGUACCUCGGUCUCUGCUGCCUUCCAGAUGUCACCCCAGGACAUCUGGAAACAAGGGUCAGGACUUUGGUUUGGUCACCAAGGCGGAAGAAAAACCCUCUCUGCUUCCUGCUGGCUGUGAAUACGAGGAGAAUUGGUUUAGAGCUGCCGGAAGCGAUCUUGACCUCGGUAAGGUCCGAGAAUGAAGCCAGUGCGCAGUGGAGAACAGAGUCAGUUCGAGAACUCGAGAAAGCCUGGUCUCCACGACACCUUUUUACGGUCCAGAGAGGAAGAAAACAGAAGCUCGGAGCAGCUAAGACGCUUACGCAAGGGCCCAGGCUGACCCAGCAGAACUGGAAUUUGAAACCAGCCCUAAAAGGGGUGGUCUCGAACAGGGAUCUUGGGUCCGGCCCGAUGUCAACAAGCAAAAUUGAGAAGAAGUGAUUGCCUGUGCGUGGCUCGUGCUUUAUCCGGGCAGGCUCCUCCCGGUGCUUCCAUUUCUCUGUCUCCAAAGCCGAGUAACUAACCACUGUUCCCACGUCGACCGUUUCCGAAACAUCGUGCUGGACUUCAGGGGACGCCCCAGUAUGACAUUGGCUGGGGAGCCAGUCCUAAGAAACAGAUCCUCGCUUUGGGCAGAAAGAAGCAAGUGCAUUAGAAAGGGGACUAAGAAGCUGGGCAACUGACAACAUCAGCAAAUCCCAAAGUAAUUUCCAGCUGGUUUGGGAGCGCAGCUGCUUUGACCUCCUAAUUAUGCUGCUUGCCCUGGACGCCCAUCGCCAUGGCCAGGUGGGAAGCCGGCAUGGACCGACGGCGAGAAGAUUCCCUUUCGUGGGAGGAGGAAGAAGAGCCAGAGGACUGAGCCCAGCCGAUCAGCUCUUGCUCUGAAAAAUUCUGGUGUGUCCGGUGUCAGUUCCAACAGUUUAACAGCACUCCUGCAAGAACACGGUUCUAAUUUCAGCCGCACAGAUUACUGACUGUAAUCACCUAAGUACAAACUUCACUGUCAGCCCUUCAGUUCACAAAUCACUGUGCAGUAACAGACAUGUCCCACGAUCAGUGACCAGUAUUGUCACUUCUUCCAAAGUCUGUUGGUGACUGGUCGCUGUGUGCCAGUUUGUGCAGACGGCAAAGUGUGUAGUUGUGGCGACUUCUUGUUGAAUAACCGAGAGGGAUUUGGCCAGAAAGACAGAAGUCCAGCAAAGAAAAGUGAACACAGUGGAAGUGACAUUUGACUGAACGUACGUGGAGCAAGAGCUGGCCUUCGGAAGACUGUUGCUGUUCAGUCGACUCGAUGGACAGGGACACUGAUGGAGGGUGGUGACCUUGAUGUCCAUGAGGAGAGUGGCUGUGAUGAGGAUGAGGAUAAUGUCCCAGAGAAGUGAUGAUGGAAAAAUCUUCACAUUAAGGAAACCAGGGGAGAUGGAGCACAGCACUGAAAACAUGGUUGAAAACGUUGGAACUGAUCCAAACCUAGGCAAAAGAGUUUUGCCUUUGAGAAAAAUAUUUGCUGCUAGAAAUUUUAUGAUGCGAAAGAAGCAGGCAUCUUUCAAAUACUUUUGAUGUUUUCUUAUAAAGAAAUGAAAAUUUAAUUCUCAACAUUUGUAACGUUUUAAACUACAGUGCUAUACUUUCGCUUUAUUUUUUCAUUUUCGCAUAAUUUCAUAAUUCGGUGGAGGCCUUUAUUCACCUGUUUCAUCAGUUACCCUUUUGGUUUAUUUAUUUAUUCUUAUCUCUCCUUUCAAGUACCAUGCAAGUUCUAGAGCAAGGACCUUGUCUGAUGCGUUCAUCACGGGACCUAGAAGUGUAAGAGUGAAUAGCUGAACGAUGGAUCUGCG